UAUCCGUACAUCUGGAGUGACCUCCUUUUUCUUUUUUGUGGUAUUCAUCCUUCUCUGCUCAUUUUAUCUCUUCAAUCUGAUCUUGGCUGUGGUAACUACGGCAUAUGAAGAGCAAAACAGAGCUGAAAAAGAGGCCAAGAAAAAACUACUUCAGGAAGCCCAAGAAAUUCUAGAGAAAGAACAGGAGUUGGCUGCAGCAGAAAGCAGUAAGGCCUUGCAGGUUGGGUCUGAAAUGCCAGUUGAUGACUUGAAAAACUCGAAAGGAAAUGAGAGUAAUAGAGAAACACCUGUUUUAAGACAAAAUGUAAUUUUAGAUGAUCAGGAGAAAGAGGAACAAAUAUUUAAUUCACAGCCUGGUCACUGCUACAAGAAGCUUAGGAAGAUCCUGCUGUCCUAUGAUGUAUCAGUGGACUCUAUUAAUGAUCCUUUCCGAAGACAGAGGUUAAUGAGUGCAGCUGCUAUUCUUACAGACUUUUCAGAGUCAAAAGUGAAAUGUCCUGCAUUGUGGAAACGUUUUGCUCCAAAGUGUCUAGUUUGGAAUUGUUGUCCAUUCUGGAGAGCAGUCAAAGAGAAGGUGAAAUUGGUGAUUUUGGAUCCGUUUGUUGAACUGUUUAUCACAGUUUGCAUUAUCUUGAACACUUUAUUCAUGGCUAUGGAGCACCCUGGCAUGUUGCCAGAAACCAGAAAAAUGAUUGCUAUAAGUGACGAGGUCUUCACCCUGAUUUUUACACUAGAAAUGAUCUUGAAAAUCAUUGCUCUAGAUCCUUACUACUAUUUUCAGAACAAGUGGAAUGUUUUUGAUAGCUUAGUUGUUUUGAUUGGCCUACUGAGCUUUGGAACCAAUCUGUCACCUUUCCGGGUGAUCAGGAUCUUCAAAUUGGCAAAGUAUUGGCCAACCUUAAAUACUCUUGUGAAAAUAAUUCUAGACUCAUCUAGUGCUGUGACUAAGUUCUCUGUGGUUUUGGCUUUCACUGUAUUUAUUUUUGCUGUACUAGGAAUGCAUCUUCUUGGCAGUGAUUAUGAAAAAAAAUUCCAUAAAAUAAGCACCAGUAAGGAUUUACGCUGGCAUAUGAAGGAUUUCAAUCAUUCAGUCCUGAGUAUACUCCGAAUAUUAUGUGGAGAAUGGAUUGAAAUGAUGUGGGAAUGUAUGGAAGUGGCUGGAAAACAGAAAUGUAUUACCUUUUUCUUGCUAGUCCUGGUGAUAGGAAACCUGGUGGUGCUCAACUUGUUCAUUGCCCUGCUGCUGAGUUUGUUGGAUACUCACAGCUCAGGAGGACAAGAGGAACCUGGAGAAAGGACUAAAUGUCAGAUUGCCCUUGCACAGAUUCACCAGGGCCUGAAGUCUUUGAAAGACAGAAUUCUGGAUCCUUGUGGCAAAAAACUGAAAGGAAGCCUCAGAAAAACAGACAAAAAGAAGACUUUGGAAGAAAUUUCUGGCAAAAACAUAGAGGAUAAUAAUUAUGCCAUGACAGAUGUCAGAAAAUACAUAGACAACAAUUGCUUUGACACAGAGUGUUACCAUAAUGAAGAGAAUUCCUCAAUAUCAAGGAAAUAUAAAGAUCUUUCCAGCAGUCACAGUACCUGUGUUCCCAUUGAAGCAGCAGAGAGUUACAGUGACAAAAGUGAUGAUGAGCACAUUGUAUUCACAGAAACAGAACACAGAAAACAGGGAGACAGAUUACGACACAGAGAACAGCGGCAGAGUUCAAGCAGCUUCAGUCAGAUUUCUGAGACUCAUGAAACCAUAAAUGUUUUCACAGUAACACAUGAAAAGCAAGAGCAAAAAGAGAAAUGUGGUGCUGCUCACAGCUUUUCUGAAGCCAGCAGUGUGGAUGCAGCUGUUGUUCUGGAGAUGUUUUCCCAGACUAAAAACUCACACCUGCCUAAGGACUGUUUUGGAGAAAGUUGUGGUAAAUGUGUCCCAUGUUGUGUAGUGGAUAUCACUAAGUUUCCAGGCAGAAGUUGGUGGAACUUCAGGAAAACCUGCUACAGAAUUGUUAACCACAGCGGGUUUGAAUAUUUUAUGAUUUUUGUGAUAGUAUUGAGCAGUGCAGCACUGGCAUUUGAAGAUAUUCACUUGCAGAAUAGAAAAACAGUGAAAAGCAUCCUAGAUUAUGCUGACAAAGUAUUUACCUACAUCUUUUUGAUGGAGAUGCUUCUGAAAUGGGUAGCUUAUGGAUUGCACAAUUACUUCACAAAUUCCUGGUAUUUGCUUGACUUUGUCAUUGUAUGUCUGUCAUUUGUUUCCUGGGGACUAAGUCAUGAUCCCAAAGAUGUAUCACCUUGUUCCUCUGGGAGUGGCCUGAAAUCUCUCAGGACUCUUAAAGCAUUGAGGCCUCUACGAGCAUUGUCAAGAUUUGAAGGGAUAAAGGUAAAGAUGUUGGGGGUCAGUGUGAAUAUUUUGUAAUGGCUGCAUUUGAAGAUUUUUUUGAAAAUGACAACAUAAAAUUAUUAUUUUCAUUCACUUUGUUCGGUUCUUGUCAAUGCACUCCUUGGAGCUAUCCCCUCAAUCUUCAAUGUUUUGCUCGUCUGUGUUGUCUUUUGGCUCCUGUUUAACAUUCUAGGAGUAAAAUUGCUUGGGAAAAGAUUUUCAAAAUGCAUACUCCAGGAAGGAGAUAUCAGUCUCAUUAAUGACAAAAGUGAUUGUGAGUCCUAUGGUGGAAAAUGGACAAAUUCUCCUGUAAACUUUGAUAAUGUUGGGAUGGGAUACUUGGCUCUGCUCCAAGUGGCAACUUUUAAAGGUUGGAUGGAUAUUAUGUAUGCAGCAGUGGAUUCACGUGAGAUCGAUGAACAGCCAAAGUUUGAAGCAAACUUACAAAUGUACAUAUACUUAGCGUAUUUCAUUGUUUUGGGAUCUUUCUACAUGCUGAAUCUUUUUAUUGGAGUGGUUAUCAGCAAUUUUAACCAACAAAGGAAAAAGAUAAGUGGAAAAGAUCUAUUUUUGACUGAGGAACAGGAAAAGUACUAUAAUGCCCUAAAAAAACUUGGAUCCAAGAAACCUCAAAAACCCAUCCCAAGACCAUUGAAUGCGUUCCUGGGAUUGCUGUUUGAUAUCGUAAUGCACAAAGCAUUUGACAUCAUCAUCAUGAUUUUCAUCUGCCUAAAUGUGGUUGUUAUGAUGGCAGAAAAUAACCAGGAAGGCACCAAGGAAGUUCUUAAUAAAAUCAACUAUUUUUUUGUGGCUUUAUUUACAGCAGAAUGUGUCAUAAAAAUACUGGCCUUAAGACAGCAUUACUUCAAAAGCAUCUGGAACUUGUUUGAUCUUAGUGUUGUGGUCCUUUCAAUAGUUAGUAUUGGAGUUUCUGAAGCCUUUCAAAAACUCAUCUCUCCUACACUUUUGAGAACUAUUCGUUUGGUGCGAAUUGGCCGAAUCCUGAGAUUGGUUCGAAAAGCGAGAGGACUUCAAACCCUUCUCUUUGCAUUACUGAUGUCUCUUCCUGCACUGGUCAACAUUAGCCUUUUGCUUUUCCUAAUUAUGUUUAUUUAUGCCAUUGUGGGCAUGGCAAACUUUGCCUGUCUUCCCUGGGAAGGUGGGAUUGAUAACAUUUUCAACUUUCAAACCUUUUCUGGUAGCAUUCUCUGUCUCUUCCAAAUUACAACGUCAGCUGGCUGGGAUACUCUUCUGGCCCCUUUGUUAAGUGAAUCUGGUACAUGUGCUCCCAACUUAAAUUUAACAGAGACAGAUAAAACUACUUGCAAAAAUAGACCAUUUGGUAUUUUUUAUUUUGUAAGCUAUGUCAUUAUAUCAUUUCUCAUUGUUGUAAAUAUGUACACAGCUGUCAUUUUAGAGAACUUCAGUGUUGCCACUGAAGAAAGCACAGAUCCUCUUUGUGAGGAGGACUUUGAUAUGUUUUAUGAGACCUGGGGAAAAUUUGAUCCUCUGGCAACACAGUUUAUUGACUAUUCUGCUCUUUCAGACUUUGCAGAUGCUCUGGCAGAACCCUUGCGCAUUCCAAAGCCCAAUAACAUCCAGCUCAUAUCCAUGGACCUCCCUCUAGUGAGUGGAGAUAAGAUCCACUGCUUGGAUAUCUUGCUUGCUUUCAGUAAACGUGUCUUGGGAGAAUGUGGAGAUUUUGAUACGCUUAAGUUACUGAUUGAAGAAAAAUUCGCGGUUGUCAGUCCAUCUAAAAGUUCUCACAGGCCAAUUUCUUCUACAUUUAAAAGAAAACAAGAGGAGGUAUCAGCAGUUAUUAUCCAAAAGGCCUUCAGGAGGUAUUUGAUACAGCGUUCUUUCAAAAAUACGUCUUUAUUAUGCCGUCACAGACAGAACAGUGCUGUCUUUGGAGAAGAAAUGCAGGAGAAGCAAAAGAUUAUUGUAUCAAUACUUAAUGAAAGUAGUGGCAGGAAGAUACAUAAAUCACGGCCUGUUUCUUCCACAUCUCUCCCUUGACUUUAUGUUGCUUUUGCUGAAACAAAUAAGCUGGACAUAUAAGGUUACCCCAGGCUGCAGCAUUUUUGACUUUUAAAGCAAAGUCACUGAUUUUCAGAUGGAGACAAUAUGUGAAUCCCAGAGUAUAAUACUCUGAAUUUAGAAUAAUGGUGGCAGCCUUCCAGUAUUGGGAUUGUUCAAAUUUUCAAAUUCUCCUUAAAAUGAUUAAGAUCUGAACAACUAUGUCAUAAAUAUUGGAGGAUAAUCAAACCUUGGAUUUUUUUCCCAGUUAGUGGAGUAGGUGGGUUAAUUUUUUCACCUGCUAGUUUUGUCCUAGUUCAUGUGUUUACAGAAGAAAUCCAUAAAAGGUCGGUUGUAAGCACAGAUUUAUAAACACACAAGGCUCUAGAAUAAUGUAUAUCUCUUUAGAGAUAACCAAUAUUUCCAACUAGGCUUUAUUGUCGCAAAAUGAACUAAUUACUGCACUUCUGUAACAGAGCUCAUUCAGGAAACUCGAGUAUAAUCAGCCUCUGACUUUGAUGGUUUUGGGACCAUCCUCCUCCUAGCAUGUUUGGGUGGAUUUGUUUAUGCUUAAGUAUUUUAGAGAUGUCUUUAUAUGUGCACCUAAAUGGAUUUAGCAGAUCAUCCUCAGUUGCCUGUGCAUAAAAGCUGUAUAUAAUUUGUUCUUUGUAUCAUUCAGUGUAUGAAAAUUGUCAUAAUCGUAGUUACCAAAAUCAAAGGAUGUUAUACAAGGGGUAUUGCUUCCAGAAAAUCUUGAGAAUCAUUGUACAUAAAUUUUCAUCAUCAUCCAAAUGUCAUAGAAAGCAUUACUUAGUAUUCUGAAAAGGAGUUCAUGGUAUAUCUUAUGAGACAAAAUUUAAUAAAAGCUAGGGGAAGCAUUUAUUUGUUUGAUUCUGAAAAAAAUGCAUGAACAAUGUGUAAUAAUAUUUUAGUGAUUCUUUUGCAGUUUAGGUUAUUCAGAUGAAGUGUCAUGGUGGAUUCAGGACCACUAAUAAAAUGCUACUGUUUUAGAUUCUUCAAUAAAGAGUUCAAAUGCUUAAUA